AUGGCGACAUUUGGCCGUCAACAUCCGGCUGAGCUUAGCAGCAGCGAGCAUAACAACAGCAUAACAACAGUUCUGCAGCAUUAGCUUGAGGAGAAGCGGCGUAAAGUUUUUCCUACUAAUCUGGAAACCUAUUAACAGGUACGCUGGAAUUUUCUGACACCCACUCGGACAUGUCCUAUGUCUUCAUCAAUGACUCGUCGCAGACCAGCGUGCCGCUGCUGCAGGCCUGCAUCGACGGAGACCUGCCGUUCCCCAAGAGGCUCCUGGAGACGGGCUGCGACCCCAACAUCCGGGACAACCGCGGCCGCACCGGCCUCCACCUAGCUGCCGCCCGCGGCAACGUGGAAAUAUGCCGCCUCCUGCACAAGUUCGGCGCCGAUCUGCUGGCGACAGACUACCAAGGGAAUACGGCGCUGCAUCUGUGCGGCCACGUGGACACUAUACAGUUCCUGGUGUCCAACGGGUUAAAGAUCGACAUCUGUAACCACAAUGGGUCAACUCCUCUGGUUCUGGCAAAAAGACGGGGCGUCAACAAGGACGCCAUUCGCCUUCUGGAGGGUCUGGAGGAGCAGGAAGUGAAAGGCUUCAACAGAGGAGCCCACUCCAAGCUGGAGACCAUGCAGAUGGCCGACAGUGAGAGUGCGAUGGAGAGUCACUCGUUGCUCAACCCCAACCUGCAGAGCAGCGAGGGUGUCCUGUCCAGCUUCCGCACCACCUGGCAGGAGUUUGUGGAGGACCUGGGCUUUUGGAGGGUCUUCCUGCUGCUGGUGGUCAUCGCCCUCCUCUCCCUCGGCAUCGCCUACUACGUCAGCGGCGUGCUGCCUUUCUCCAGCAGCCAGCUGGAGUUGGUUCACUGAGGCGGAGAAGAAGAGCCGACGCCGGGGCAGUUCUGCUUUCUGCUCAGUUUGUACCAAAUGAGAAAUGUUGGAUUUUGUUUGCUGCCCAGGCCUGAGCUUAACCUCAUCUCACCCUGCCAGCUAAAGAGCAACGAUCUAAGAAGAACUAGCUACAUUCUCCGCUAAUAUCUGCGCGUACUAAUGUAAAAUGUAAUCAGUCGACUGUCUGACAAGGAUGCAGGAGAACACCUUUCAGUUAGUUUUGGUGUUGUGUAAAAUGUUGCAUUAAAUGGGUGCAGCGAUUGAAGCCUGACUCGUCUGGAAAACAUCACGCUCCUGUUGUGUUUGAUGCACCGACUGUCCAGCAGUCCUUCACUUCCUUGCUCUUCGUUUUUUGUUACAAUCUGUAUGUUUCAGCGUUUUUUUUUAACAAUGUUCUCAUCAGUUAUUAUUUAUUAUCUAUUCAAUUCCUUUAUACUGAAUGUUACUAUCCUGCAUCUGUUCUCUUUUUUCCUGAAAUCUCUUUAAAUAACCUUGAAUUCUUUACUGUUUUGUUACUGUAUUGACUGAAAGCUGAUCUACAGCUGUCCUUUAGAAGUGAUGUAGGUUGAAAUGCUCACAAAAGCACCUUGGCUGUCAGACCUUAGAGAAAAGGGUCCACGUAAUGAAGCAUGCACUUAUGUUGCAUUCCACUCUACUCCAUUGUAGUGACCAUGGCAUAGAAGCUGUCUGUAUGGUUAGAAUUGCUUGUCAUUGUCAUGCCUUUGUUGUAUAUUCAUUUUAUCUGAUCAUCCUUUGCCAAACUGCUUGUUCUUGAUGCAUCCCUGUAAAUAACCCAUUUCAAGUGAAUCCUGGUUUUGUGGGAAAUAAAGUCAAGAGCAGUUUUAGUGAUCAACAA